AUGUCAUCGCACCUAGCGCCGGGCACUCCAACUUCCGCCCUCUAUGCGGACUCCGCGGCCGAGCAGGUCGUCGACAUGACGCUGGCCAUCGACGCGUCCAAGGACGACGAGGAGGCGCUGGCGCUACUCACCACCGCCGAGGCCCCGCUCAGACACGCCCCCGAGCUCCUCGCCGCCCCCGACGCAGCGUCAGCGGCCGCCACUCCCCUCGACAGCAGCGCCAGCUCCCAGCCAGCAACAGCAACAACAGGAUCACCCAAAGCCGCAGGCUCCAGCAACGUGUCGGCCGUGUACCGCUGGUACGAGGUGGAGGAGAGCUUCAGCGCCAAGAAGCGGGAGGAGUCGUCCAUCGCCAAGUGCAAGCUGUGCCGGCAGCAGGGCAAACUCGAGCGCAAGACGUGCGUGCGCUUCAGCAAGAGCGUGACGUCCAAUCUGUGGCGCCACCUGAAGGAGAACCACCCGGACGUGUACGCGAAGCACGCGGGCGAGAAGAAGAGCGUGCAGAUGCACCGCGUGAUGGGCAUCAAGAAGAGAGGCAGGAAGAAGAAGGUGGUAGCGCAGGCUCUGCCCACUGGUGCUGAUGUUGCGCAAGAUGUGGCCAAGGUGCAGACACAAUUUGAAGACGGCGGUGCGCAGUCAACGACUACAAUUCGCACGCCUGUGGCGAAGAAGGCGAAGCGAGGAGAGCACCAGACGCACUUGUUCGCGGACUAUUCGCUGGCUACAGUGGGGAGCUCAUUGCAUCAGCAGCAUCAAGCAGCGAGUCGACCGGCGGCGGCAGCUGUAGCUGGAGUUGGGGCUGCUGGGGUCUCGAGCGUCGCUGGAUCUGGCAACUUUAACCCCGAGAAGGUGCGCGAGGCGUUGGGGUACCUCUGUCUGUACGAAAUGCUGCCAUUCGAGUUGUGCUCGAGCCAUGCGUUUCGAAAUCUUAUGGUGGAGUGCUCUGGAGGCGAGGGUGGAUACAUGGACGACUCCAACAGCUUUGCCAUGUUUGCGAAGGAGAUCGCGUUUGGCUACGCGAAGAAGCUGGCUGCGGAGGUCAAGGUGCGCACUGUCAUGCAGAUGAAGAUGACGGACUUCUCGCACCUCAUGAUAUCUGAAUGGCGAUCAUCGAAUUCAACUGGUGAACAAUCUAGAUCUGCGCUAGAAUCUGCGUCGCCCGCAGGAUAUUCUCCUCGCGGCGACAAUGACAUGGUGUUUCUUGCGCUGUUUGCGGUUGGGCUGGACCAAGAGUUCAAUCCUUUCCGGCGGUGUCUGCACGUCUCGUCGAUAGGCAGCUACCGCAUAGGCCAAGGCAAAUCGGUUGCGGCGGAGCUGGCAGGAGACAAAGAGCUGAAGAAGGCGAUGUGUCGUGUCCAACCUUGUCGAUACAUGCCCCAACUUCUCGCUGUGGAACCCCCGUGUAGCGGAUACGACCCCUCUUGGACGGACCAUAAGCUGCAUCUCUUGGAGAGUGUCCCAACGGUGCUACAACAAAUCAUGAUUGCAACGAUUAAUGGAGUUGACGUAUGUGGCAGCUACUGCCUAGGUAGCAACGUAGUCGCCGACGCAGACAUUGCUGGUUCUACGGGUUUCCAAUGUCGGCGACUAGAUCAAGGUGAAUACGUCGAGAGCAGCUCUGCGGCAAUGGCGGUGGGUUCGUCAAGUGACGCUUUUUGCGGCGUGUCGGCAGUGGAGACUACUUCCAGUAUUUUGGAAGAACUGCCUACGAGUCUUACGGGGCAUACGUACCGCGACCUCAUGAACAAAGUCAUGUACUUGGUAGCGCAUUUCAAGCAAGCACCAAAGUCGCGAGUGGUGCUGCGGAGGUUAGCGGUGGAACAAUCGACUAUGAGCGCUGACUCGUUUGAACGUUUGUUCACCGACCGCUUGCGAGAAAUGGCGAUAUCGGUGGGCGGGAUUCAUUCCGUACUCGCGUUUGUUGAAGACAUGAGAGCGGCACUCAAGAAGUAUUUCUUGUUGCACAAGGACAAUGACUCGGACUUCUCUAAGCUCAUCCAGUUGUCAUCGUUAACUCGGUACGAGUGGGCCCGAGUUCGCUACCUCACGGUGAUACUGAAGCCAUUCGCCGAGGCCACUGCGAAGUUGGAUGGCGAGAAGUAUGUUGUGUCGUCGCUGAUCGUUCCCUCAGUUUUUACGCUGAUUGAAAAGCUACGUGACUCUAAUACAGUCGGUAUUGGCCCCUCCAACGCCGCAUCUGGAAGCAACCUUGCCAAAAAGAGCAACACGGAGGCAUUGGAAGAAGUACCAGAAGACAUCGAGGCGCUGAGAGAUUUAGCGUUUGCCAACUUGUCUGCGUGCUUCGGGCAUUUGUUCUCGGUUCCAGAUGAUAGCUGGAGCGUGGAGAAGCGUCAAACCUUCAACCUGUUGUGGUCUGCUACAAUUUUGGACCCUCGGACGCGGUCGUUCAUUAUCAAGGGUUCGCUACCCCAACACGAGUUCUGGGAUAUCGUCAAAUCGGAGGCUGCAAACAUUGCUGGCACCAAGAUGAAAGACAAGGAGAGCGGAAAUGAUAUUGGUGACAGCUCGAUCUCUUUGGACGAAGACAACAGCCACUUGGAUGGGAGCGGUGUGGGGAAAAGCACCGACCUGUGGGAUGAUCUCCAAGCGAACCUAGCAUCGUGCGCACAAGAAGAAAUGCUGCUGAGCUCUAAAUCCUCGUUGGAGAUCACCAAGUCGAGCAACCUGCUGGAGGUGGAGGUAUCGUUUUUCCAAGAAGAAGGUCGUAUCGUGUUGCGUGCCAACCCGUUGGAGUGGUGGCAAAAUAUGCGCAUGAAGUACCCUUUCCUGGCGCGGCUGGCCCGCUACGUGCUAUCCAUCCCUUGCACCGUGAAGGUGGACGACAACCCGGUCCUGUGUGACGGAGGUCUUGUGAAGCGUGGGCCGUCCCAAAUGAGUAUGUCAGACCUGUGCGACCUACUGGCAGCCUCCAUGAACCUUCGUACGGAGAAGAAUUCUCACUUCGAGGCGGCAAGCAAGCAAAUGUGGUCGACGGUUUAA